GGGGUCCCGGCAGUUUGGGGGUCCCAUAGCGAUAACAGGGGGGCGGUUUGGGGGUCCCGGCAGUUUGGGGGUCCCGCAGCGAUAACAGGGGAGCAACUUGGGGGUCCCGGCAGUUUGGGGGUCCCGCAGCGAUAACAGGGGAGCACUUUGGGGGUCCCACAGCCAUGGGAGCCCCGGGCUGGUUGUGGGGCCGGGGGGCGCGACGGGCGCUGAGCUCGGGGGUUCCCCCAAUCCCGGGGAUCCCCCCAAACCCGGGGGUCCCCCCAAACCCGGGGGUCCCCCCAAUCCCGGGGGUCGCCCCCAGCCCGGCGGGGCCGCGCCCCUUCGAGGAGAUGCCGCGGACCGCGCGCGGCCGCUGGGUGGCGCUGCUGAGCCUCUGGGGCCGCGGCGGCUUCCAGCACUUCCACCGGCGCAUGGAGGGCGCGUUCCGCCGCCUCGGGCCCGUCUACAGGGACCGCGUGGGCUCCCUGGACUGCGUGAACGUGCUCCUGCCGCGGGACGCGGCGCAGCUGCUGCGGGCAGAGGGGCCCUUCCCGCGCAGGAUGGGCAUCGCGGCCUGGAGCGCCCACCGGAGCCUGCGCGCCCACCGCUGCGGGCUGUUCCUGCUGUGAGGGGCG